GGAUGCUGCAGCGAUAGCGCCUGAAACCCUCGACCCAAAAAGGCCAAGAAGCAAAGCGUUAACGACACACCUUCUUCGGACUACUUACUCGGGGAAUUCGAAACGGAACUACUGGUGUGCUGGUGUUUUAGUGGUGGUGGUAGAAGGGAGUGAAUUCGCGCCGGUCGGUCGCUCCGAGUGAUCGCGCUGGAGUAGUAGCCGCACUGCUUAGUGGACCGGUCACACGGCAGUGACCACACCAGGACGGACGGACGGACAGACGGACGGACGUUGUCUGGUGCAGUCUUAUCGGUGGACGCCCAACAAGGAACGGUGCGUUGUAGGUAGCGUGAACAACCUCUCGGCGCUAGUUCGAGAGUUGCGAUCGAUCGACGGGCCGUGCGGAGAUUAUUGUGUGGUGCGGUGCAAAAGCCUAGAACGUGUGCGUCCGUGCGUGCGUUCGUUUGUGGUGUGUGAUUGUGAGUGUAGUUGGCGGCGCGGUGCUGCUGUUGUCCCCCGAAUCUUCCGUGGGCUUCCGCAAGGGGCUUAUGUCCGCCGUUGCUGGUGCGCACCGUGUUUGUGUUUGCUGCGUAAGUGUUCUGUGUGAGUCAGGUCUUAUCAGCCGUGGUCGGCCGCAGACGAGACAGGCAAGCAGGCAGACAGCAACCGAAGUGACAUAUUAAACCAUCGAAGACACGCACCUAGAAGAAAAUGUAAAGAAACACAGAGAGAGAGAAGGAGAGAGAAAGUAAAAGCAGAAGAAGAAGAAGAAAGGAUCCGCAACGAUCCGGUGUCGAUCGGUGUUGAUCGGUUUUUCGACUUUUGCCACCCCCGGCCCAAACAGUUCUGUUUUGUUGUGUUGAGCUGAGCCCCAAAGCUGAGGGCUCACAUUACUGCUACUGCGUUGUGCAACCGCGCCCGCCAGCCAGCCCAAGGCCAAAACCUUCGCAAAGGUGUGUCCGCUGGUCGUGUUCCGUGGGAAAUUCGAGUCCAGUCCGGUUUGUGUCGCGCUUUCAACGGUGCCCUACCGGUGGCGCCAAGUGGCGCAGUCCACCAUCGAUUAUCGCUGACCAAGCGCCGAGAAGUCAAGCCAUUGGCAAUACGCAAUCUUAUUGGCCAUCCUUUCCCUCCCCGAAAAGGAAGCCGAACCGGGCGGACCGUUAGGGUGUGUGCUGGUGGCAGAGGAUCAGCUGCUGCCGGGUGCUCCGGGUUGCGAUCAGCUGAUCCGUGAGGUCCGUGAGAGACGAUAGUUUUCCAGUAUCGAACAAAGACACCAUGAUCGCCACCGUGACCAGCCAGUAGAACGCGAACGCACCGGAACAAUCCAGCGGUGAACAGAGGCGCACCGAAUUGAAACCGAGACCGAGUGCCCCCCCCCCCCCCCCCCCCCGCUAGCACGACGAGCCAACCAUGGCCACGCUGCUGUACACGAUCAUCGGCAUGACGGCGAGUGCGUCGCUGAACUGUGCGGUGCGCCGCGAGAUCUCGCCCUGCACCUGUUCGCCCGGCUUCUUCGCCAACAACAUCGACGUAAAGUGCGAGCAGAUGGAGUCGUUCGGGCAGGUCGUCAACGCACUCCAGGAUCGCUUCACCGAGGAUCACAACAUCUGGCUGACGAUCUCGCACUCGCAGCUGCUCGAUCUGGCCGCGCUGUCCUUCUGGGAGAUGAACAUGAACAUCAAAUCGCUCCGGAUAAACUACGACAAUCUCAGCCAACUACCGGUUUCAACGUUCCGCAACCUACCCCGACUGGAUCUGUUCAGUGCCGCGGAUAAUCUGCUGGAAGAGAUACCGCCGGACAUGUUUGAGCAGAUGCCGAACCUGGGCACGCUGGAUCUGGCGCGUAGCCGCAUCCGCUACGUGUCCGGCGACACGUUUCGACAUCUGCAGAACCUACGCCACCUGAUCCUCGGCAGUAACCGGCUAUCGCGGCUCGACACGGACGCCCUUCCGAAAACGAUCCAAUCGCUGCAGCUGAGCGUGAAUUCGCUCCGUUCGCUGAACGGCAGCGUCCGGCACCUGGACGAGCUGAAGCUGCUGUUCGUGAACGAAAACAACCUGACGACGCUGGCCGGUGAGUUGCCGCGUGGAUCACCGAACCUCAUCAUGAUUUCGGUCCACCACAACCUACUCGAGGCGCUACCGGUCGAGAUCCGCUAUCUGAAGAACCUGGACCACCUGUCGAUCCAGAACAAUCGGCUCCGGUCGCUCGAUGGGCUGCUGGCACGGGCCACUCACCUCACGAAGCUGAUCGCCAACGACAAUCUGAUCGAGGAGCUGAGCCGGGACGAAUUCCUCGAGGUCGAACGGAUGGAGGAACUCAACCUGGCCGGCAACCGGCUGACGCACCUGAACGGUUCGCUGCUCCACUGCAAGGGCCUGAUCAAUGCGAACUUUAGCGAGAACCGGCUGAAGGAGUUUUCGCUCCAGGAGGUGGCCGGAUUGCGCAAGCUGCGCCUCCUCGACCUGUCGCACAAUCGGAUCGAGGUGCUGGCCGGCCGGAUGGAGAAUAUGAUCGAUUCGGGCCUGAUCAUUUCGGAGCUGCGCCUCAACAACAACCGGCUCCGGUCGCUCGACGGUGCCCUGAUGGGGCUGAACAAUCUUCGCAUCCUGAACGUUGCCCACAACCAGCUGCAGACGAUCACACCGGACGAUCUGAUCGGGAUGGAGGAGCUGGAGCGGCUGGACCUGUCCUUCAACCAGCUUAAGACGCUCGAGGAACUGUCCAAGACGUUCCUGCCCUCGCUGGAGCUGCUGAAUGCAUCCUACAACCAGCUGACGACGAUGCACAAGGACUUCCACGGGCUGCCGAUACUGUGUGUGGCCGAUCUGUCGAAGAACAUGAUCCGCGAGCUGUCCGUCGAUCUCGUAUCGAACACACGCUGCAGCAACCAUGGCGUUCCGAACCGGUUGGAGAUCUUCCUUGACGAAAAUCCGGUCCUCUGUAACGAAUCGCUGCCGGAGCUGAUCACCCAGAUGGACUUCUACCAUACGCGCCUGAACGGGGUUGCGCACUGUAUCGUCCCGCAGCCGAUGCCGGUGGAGACGCCGAUCUUCAUCCAACCACCGAUAGCGAUGUUGCAGCCGCUGCUCAAACCUCCCGCACCGCUCGUACCCUCCAACGUCAUGAUACAACCGCCCUCGAUCGUGCAGAUCCUCGUCCCGUCUACGCUCGUCAUGCAACCACCGGCACCGGCUUCGGCGGCUGUUCAACCAACGGUGGCCGGUACCAUCGGUACGGUGCCAGUGGCUCAGAGCCCGGCAGUGGUUGGACCACUGACGGCCGCUGCUAUCCUUCCCGGUGCUCCUGUUCCAAUUCCGCUGGCUCUUGCCACCGUUGCACCCGUGCCGAUACUGAUCGAAGCAUCAACCGGUGCACCAUCGCUAUCGCAGGUUGCUCAACACAUUCCUGCGGUCACGACCAGUGACUCAGCACCCCCUCAGGACCAACAACAACAACCGGAACACCAACUCGAUGACGAUCCGAGCGCGAAUGGGGUGCUACUAAUUCCGCAGCAGAAACCCUACGAUGAGCUCAAGUACGAUGCCCAUCCAGAACCGGAACCAGCCGAUGAAACGAAGCAAAAGGGGGGUGGCCAGCCAGGUGGCGAUGGUUCCGAUGCCGAACACAACGAUGUCGAUCCCGUCGGUGAGGGUAGCGAUGGUACGGUGAACGCUAAGGGCACUACCACCACCACCACGACCAUGCAGACGAUCCUCGAGUUUAAGAACAUCAUCCACGAUGAUAGCUAUGGGGCAGCGAUGCAGCCACCGGCAGUCCCUAGCACCGUUGUGUUACCACCGGUAGCACCGCCGGAAGUGAUCCCGCUGCCACUAGACAAGGCGCAGGGGUUGGCGACGGAACCGCAGGAUGAUGGACUGCCAAUCGAGACGCAGCAGGAUCAGAGCGUCGAUCUGAGCGAGCUGGAGUAGAUGAGAGUGGGCUGGCAUGGACAGAAUCUAAGAUAUUUCUUCUUCCCCCUCUUCCGCUUUUCCUUCUUUCGACCUGCUCGACCCUGUGGCUCGUAUGUAGAGAAGGGCUUCAGCUAUAGCACGUGACCUUGUGACUGAAAUGGGUUACAGCCUUUGGUAAAACCUGGAACAGGGAGGGGGAGUCGCGCUGGCAGGCGACGGCCUGGACGACACAAGGCUUCGCCAUCAUGCAGCGGGAAACACGGCUGUAUUAACUGAGGGAAUGGGUGAAUGAGUUUAUGUGUGCAAUUGAAGGAAUAAUGUGUGAAAGAGAAGAAGAGACAAAGAGAAUGAGAUAGAAAAAGAGAGAAAGAAGCAGAGAGAUUAAUAGAGAUAUCCCUUAUCCUUUUCGCAUAGUUAGGUAUGUAUGCUAGAUGCCAUGAUAGAGAGGAAGCAGGUGAUAAGUAGGAAACAGUAGUCCGCACCGUCACCUGUUGCGGUCGAGCAGCCAUUGAUCCUUUCCAAAUGCUUCUCGUGAUUUAGAGUAGGCUGUUCUGUGCAAACACUUUCUAUAAGCUUCUAUGAUUUACUUUUGAUUGAUCUGUUCAACUCAUCUGCCUCUUUUGUACUCUUUCUAUUUGAUAGAGUUGUACUUUCCUAUUUUAGCAAAGCAACACUUCUCGCUGCUGCCAUCUUGUGUUUGUGCGUGUUUACGUGCGUGCGUGUGUGUAUUUGUGAAUGUGUGCGUGUGCGUGUGUGUGCGUUAGUAUGCUUGCUGCUUUUCAUUAUUAUGAGAUUGUGGAUACUACUACUAUCCAGUUUCAUCAGUUAAAGUGGUUAAAUUUAAGAUUUGUUUGCAUCCUGCUCCCACUAGCUCCAUGCCUCUUUCAUACUGUCUCUCUUGCUUCUCAGGAUCAUUGAUGUUACACUGCACGACUUGGAAAAAAGGACACUAACACGAAAAGGAUAGAGCAAUGAUAGAAAUUUAAACACGAAAAGGAUGAAAAACGAAACACUUCGAGUUGCAUAAACUCGGAAUGAAGAGGUUUGCUGAGGAGAGAGUACGUUUCCUUUCUUUGAACACUAUUAGUAGCCGGUAGGGAAAGAAGCCAGCCAUCAGGCGUGUGCGUAUUACACACCGCAGCACGGUGACCUCACCAACAUGUGACAACCGAGAAACCCAAAUCCGCGUAGAAACACACCUGCCAGAGGAUCCCAGUUUUGCGAAUUGAACAUAUUUUACCCAUCGUAAUGUUAGUCACUGAUAAACAGAACACAGAACACAACUUAGGAUAUAGCUAAUUAGUGUUAGUGAUUGAUUUUUAGCCUGAUUACGAGCUGGUAGCAGACGGAGUGAGCUGUGAGACAGAGCGAGAGAGUGAGCAAGAGAUGGAUGUAGAGGUUGCACUGAAGGGUUUACGAAUAUCGAGGAACAUAAAGCUUAACAUGAUGUUGUGUUAGGGAGAAAUGCUCCGCAUUUUGCUUCUUCCUUUUUUUUAACCUUCCGAUCGAUCCCAACGCUGUAUCACUAUAUAUUGAUAAUAGAAUGGUUACGCGGAACUUUCCGGGGUGUGGGCGCAAUUUAAUGUGGUCAACCUAUACGACGAGCGAUAGAAAUGGCGAGAGCGACCAGAAGUGUACGAUAAUCAUCAAAGCAGCCAUCGAUCAAUAUAGUCACUAUCCAGCAAAUGAUUGCUAAAGCAGCCGUAUGCACGAGAUAAGAUCGCGGUAAAAGAAACGCAUCUCCCAAAUGUAUUGCUUCUUCGAUUAGUAUGAAUUGAAUUGCAAAUAAAAAUGACAGA